GGAUUGACACUCAUGCCACACAUGGUUUCUCUCUGUCUAACAAUUGAAAAAUAAGCACGUUUUUAUUGUUACCGUUACUGCCCAUUAUAGUUUCCAAACGCCGCAAUUCUAACUAAAUAACACAGUACAGUCUUUGCGUGCACGUGUGAAAAAUCGUUUCGAUGUUUUCUAUAUAAGUAAAUGCUCACAUCAAACAGAAUCUGCGAAAGUCUACUCUGCAACAUCUUAACCUCAACAUGUUCCACGGAUGCAGGAGGUUCUGUGCGAGUGGCCUGAGGUUACCUGCGCAGAUCGCGUCGUCGAGAUGCACCGGCACACUGUCCAAGGCGGAGGCGAGGAAACGGAGGAGCCAGCUUUUCGACGAGGAGAAGCGGCGGCAGCGAUCGGAACUGGGUAGGAUUCAGAAGAUAGAGGUGAAAUACAAGUCGGUGGAGGAGGAGAUCGUGAUGGCGAUGAAUCGGAACAUCUCCACGCCGCACGACUGCGCCAGGCAUAUAUCCGAGGACGUCGCCAAGACGUCCGCCAUCGCUCUGGUGGACGGUCAGGUCUGGGACAUGCACAGACCGUUUACGGGCGACUGCGAGCUGCAGCUGGUGACCAUGCAGAACCCGCGGGUGCGCGCGGUCAACUACGCCUUCUGGCGGACCUGCUCGUUGGCCCUGGGCGCCGUGGCGGACAGCGCGUUCAAGGACAACGUGAACGUGCACCUGCACAGCUUUCCCAUCCCGGUGAUCACCUCCGGCAGCUUCACCCACGACGCGUUCAUCGAUCUGCCGGACUGGCGGCCGACCGACUCGGAGUUACGCGCCAUGUCCGCGCUCUUCGUCAAACUGGCGAAUCGCGAAUUGUCGCUGGAACGGUUGGAGGUGCCGUGCAACGUUGCGCUGAACAUGUUUCAGGACAAUCCUUUUAAGUCCCAGCAGAUACCGAAUAUCGUCAAAGACAGUGACAACGAUAAGAUAACAUUGUAUCGCAUGGGGGACCAUGUGGAUAUCAGCAAGGGUCCCAUGGUGGGCAACAGCGGUCUGAUUGGACGCGUUACUGUGUCGUCGAUACACAGGCUCACAGACGGGCCCGUGGACGGUCUGUAUCGCUUUCAGGGCAUUGCCCUGCCCAAAGGUAUUAUGCUUAAUCAUUUUGCCUACGGUAUCCUGGAGAAACGCGCUAAGAAAUUGAACAUCACCACGUGGCAGCCUCAAGUGGAGGACGAAGCGGUCAGCGUGACGGCGUCCGCAAGUUAAAUAUAUAUUCAUUUAGCUAUUUAAGAAAUUUUUUUCGUGUAAAUAAACGCAUCUUAAAGUCAUUUGACUUUAAUUUAAA